AUGUAUCACGAUGUUGUGAAGAACGACGCGAAGCUGAACGAAGUCAAUGUAGCUUUGCAUAGGGUCGAAAAGUGUCUAAGCACUCAUCGCGUAAAGUAUCGAGGUCUGAAGAGCUUUCGUACAUCGCCAUGGGAUCCAAACGAAAACUUACCUCCAGAGUACGCCAGAAUCUACCAGUUUCAAAAUUUUCAAGCUGCCGUCAGACACGCCGUCCAGCUAAAGCAAUGCGGCGAUUUCGUAGGGCACGUUGUCUCUUAUAUCAUACGGACUGCUUUAAUUCUUAGUGGCCUUGGAUUUAUUCGAUCGACGAAAACCAUGGUCGCCUUCAGCCUGCUUCAGCAUGAACAUAAAAUGAGCGUUCUUAACAUGGUAGUACGGAAAUGGAAGAAUUGUGACGAAACGGUGAAGUCCAAAGAUCGGUUAAUCUUUCAAGUUGGCUUGCGACGCUUCAUUGCUCGUCCGAUCUUUUCUCAGCACACGAAUGGCGACAAGCACAAGUUUGAACGAUUUCUUCCUAACGACGACUACGUCGUAGCGACCGUAUUUGCACCGAUCACGAUUCCGCCUGCUGGAGUCAUUGUGUACUCGCAGAAGAACGACAGAGACUUUCAGCUGGUUGCGACUGGAAGUCUUCUUGAUGUCUGUCCGAGUCGUAUUGUUGUAAAACGAGUGGUUCUGUCAGGAGAGCCAUUUAAGAUUCACGGGAGAACGGCAGUGGUUCGGCACAUGUUCUUCAACCCAGAGGACAUUGACUGGUUCAAGCCGGUCGAAAUAAGAACUGCUAGCGGCAAACGAGGACACAUCAAGGAGUCGUUAGGUACUCACGGCUAUAUGAAAUGCGCCUUCAACGGCAAACUUCGAUCACAAGACGUAAUAUUCAUGGAUCUGUACAAGCGCGUCUUUCCAAAGUGGACUAUUGAAGAAUUCGCGGAAGAUUCUCUGAACCUGAACGUUGAAGAAGAGAGUGAUACUAAUUUCGAUGAAUCGGUUGAAAUGUGUCGAUAA